GUUAUCGAUGGAUAUAUAUCUCGAGCUUUGCGCGAGUUCAAAGUUAAUUUGAAAUUUCUAAAUGCUUACGAAGAAAAGAUAAUGGAUAACGCAUUGGACUUAUGUGCAGCGAUAAAUGAUAAAACGGAUUAACGUGUUAUAUGAAAGAAUUGCGAUGUUUUAUCCCGUACUUUUCCCGUCUUGUGACCUUGUCCCAACUACUAAAUCUGCUGGAAUCUUGUCGUCGAUGUGGCAGUUGGAUCAUGGAGAUUUUUAUUCGUUGAUUGAACCCAGAGCACAGAUGAUGUGUACGACUGAAUAUAAUUCAACGGCGGAUAAAAAUGAGCAGUCAAAAAUCGCUAACGGCAAAAACACGGUAAUCGGAUUCCGGCUCGUAGCCCGACUCAAGGCAUCAGGAGAUUUAUUGUUACGCCAUUGCGGUCAGCAGAGAGUGGCCGGAACGUGCUGAAGGGCCAAAUACAUAAAGAGGAUCAGCGGCUGUACCCAGGAGAUUCCCCGCGACCUCUGAUCCAAAGUUGUGACACAUUUGUACGUGACGCGGACCGACAAUAGCGAGACUGGUGGGUGCAGUUGGCGCGUGUCGUGCCUUCGCUCUCUAACUCUAAAUCAGAACUGAUGCGCGAGAGCUGUCGGAAACGUUGCGCGUGUCUCGCAGUCUAGAGUUGACUCCUCGAGAUAGAAGAGAGAGAAAGGAAGCUCAUUCGAUCAAUUUCCAUGUAUAAACGCGCA